CCCCGCGCACGGAGCGCUGGGCGGAAGUCUCCGGGGGCUGGCGACGGAAGUGACGUCAGCGGGAAGAUGCCGGUGGCGGUGGCGGCCGAGGGCACCGAGAGCUUCAGGAGGCUCCUGGAGCAGUGCGAGACUCGGGAGCUGGAGGCCCCUGGAGGAAUUGCAACCCCCCUUGUUUAUGGCCAGCUUCUGGCUCUGUACCUGCUGCACAACGACAUGAACAAUGCACGGUAUCUCUGGAAAAGAAUCCCUCCUGCCAUCAAAUCUGCAAAUGCUGAACUCGGUGCAAUUUGGUCAGUGGGACAGAGAAUCUGGCAGAGAGACUUCCCGGGAAUCUAUUCAACAAUCAGUGCUCAUCAGUGGUCCGAGACCAUCCAACCAAUCAUGGAAGCACUCAGAGAUGCCACCAGGAAACGAGCCUUUGCACUGGUUUCUCAGGCUUAUACAUCAAUAGUUGCAGAUGAUUUUGCAGCUUUUGUUGGACUUCCUGUGGAAGAAGCUGUGAAAGGUGUGCUGGAGCAGGGCUGGCAGGCAGACUUUGCAACUCGCAUGGUGAUGCCUAAAAAGCCAGGUGUGCUGGAAGCUUCCUUGAAGAGAUUUAUUCCUUCAUCAGAAUCUGCUGCGGUCCCACCAAUUCCCAAUGAACAGCAGCUGGCCAGAUUGACUGACUACGUGGCCUUCCUUGAAAACUGAUUACCUUGCUCCUGUGUUCAGAACAGCCUGGGAAUCCUGUGUGCUGCGAGCUUUAGCAAUCUCAGAUUUAUUUUAUUCUAUAUCUGUUAGACAUUGCAGUGUCCCCUACUCAAAUGUGUGAAGUCUCUAGUGUAUGUUGGCCCAGCUCCUGUUUUGCCAAAGCCCAGCUAGCAGUAGAAAGACUCCUUUAACUCCUGCAAUAUUUGUUCAGUGGGUACGCAGCAGUAUUACACAGUAAAUUUUUGUGAUAACCGAUAGCAGCGAGAGACAGAACCUUUUUCAGGUAUGUUAGAAAUGGAGAAGAAACAACUCUGGUGAGUAGUGCAGUGCUUAGCACAGAGCUAUUGCAUGUUGAACUAAAGGACAAAGAGUGGAAGACUGCCCACCCUAUCUGCAGAGAGAAAUGAUAUUGAAUAUUGAAUACUUUUUAAUAUUACUGAAUGAAAACAAAUUUACAGUAACUCUCUGGUAAGUAGUUUUGUGGCCUAUUUGUCGUUGAUUUUUUUUCUUGUGCUCUCUGGGUUGUGAAAUCUUUGAUGUGAGAAAUUUCACAUCAGGUGUAUUUUUACAGCAGAAUAAUUGGAAUUGUUCAAGAAAGGCAAAUCUACACUUUGAGGAAGAAUUUUGACUUUUGGAAGGUUUUAUUUGAGUGUCAGAGGACAUCAUAUGUUUUGCUAUGUAACUCUGCACCUUGAGGUCUGUCAUGUCUUGAUUCUUCUCAGCACGCUGGGCCAGGAUCUACAGAAAAUAACCCUUAGCUGUCUGUAAGCUUUCUGCGUUACCUCUGCAGUUACUGGAGAGGAAUUUAAAGGUUAAGUGGAAUCAGAGAGCAGCUGGGAGGGGAUGGUAUGUUGUCCUGCAGUGUCAGUUUGAGGAACAUUCUCUGUGUCAGAGCAGUGCUGUGUUAAUCUUGGAGCUAAGAGUGGAUUUUAGAAGCAAACGUAACUUUCAUUCCCAUUUGUGUUAUGAUGGUCAAAAGGCUUUGGAAAAAGAGUGGUGCUUUAAAAGGCAGCAUAUGCCUUUAUUUACUUCUCCCCCGUUUCCUGUUCAGGGGUUUCAUGGAAGCUGGCAUGUGUGCCCUCUGUUGUGAUUGUUUCCUCAGUGGGCACUGCCCACUGUACAUUCUCUUGGUGGGGGUGUGUUAGCAGGGGGAAUUGUAAACUCUGUUCUGCUGCCUUGAGAGCUCCCUUUAUAUGGAAACACUUUCUCAAAAUAAUUAUUUAUUUGAAACCCA